AUGCCAUUGUGGGAAGACUUUGUGGUGGGGAAAUUUCUCGAUGUAGCUCCACACAUAGCCAAAGUCCACAUGGUAUUGAACAAGAUCUGGAGCUAUGGAGAUCCUAGCACGAAGGUGGAAGUCUAUGUUGUGAACGCAACUACGAUGCGAUUCAAAGUUUCAAACCCAAAGGCUAAGGAAAAGAUUCUCAAGAGAGGUAUGUGGAAUAUAGCUGGAAUUCCUAUGAUUGUCACGAAAUGGACUCCAAAGUCUGAGGAGGAGCAACAGGAAGAGAAGGCAAUUCCGAUGUGGGUUCAUCUGAAGAAAGUACCACUAUACAUGUAUUCUUGGGAGGGGUUAAGUUUCAUCACGAGCACUGUGGGGAUACCAGAUAGGCUUCAUCCUGAAACUAUUGCGUGUACUAAUCUGGAGAUAGCUAAGGUAUUUGUUCAGGUUGAUGUUACAAAGACUUUGCCGAAGGAAAUUGAUUUCUCCAAAGAGGGUAAGGAGUUUACUGUUGAGUUUCAUUACCCUUGGUUGCCUGCACGCUGUAAUCAUUGUGAUAAGUGGGGACAUACACAGAAAGUGUGUGCUGUGAUCAGUAAAGAGAAGAAGAAGAAUGUUAGUUCCGCUAAGAAAAGUGUUAGCAGAGUUCUAAUGGAGGAUAUCAAUGAGGUUGGAUGUGGUGAGAUGAUCGAGUCUGCUCAGGAAGGAAAUAGUGGGAAAACAGAGUCGACAAAGCAGAGGUUUAAAGAGUUAAAUAGCUGGACAGAAGUCUCACCAGAGAAGAGAAGUAGAUCACAGAUGGAAGAAAUGCCGCUGAGAAAAGAGGAUGUUCAGAUUUCGGCUUCAAAAUUUUCAGUGUUAAUGUUAGAAGAGGAGAGAGAGAUAGAAAAGAGUAAAGAAGCAUCUGAGAAGAAAGUAGUUGCAGAGGAAGAAAUAAUUGCUGUGGAGAAAGAAAUAUUAGAAGCGGAAGAAGGUGUAAUUUUAUUGGAUGAGAUAGAUAACUUGGAGGAAGAAUUGGAGGAAAGUGAGACGAUACAGAUGAGUGAAAAUGAGUUACUGGAGGAUGAUAUACUUGAGCAACGUAGCAAAGAGAAAGAUAAGGUUGUAAGUCAGAAGGGUCAGAAAAGAGGUCCGAAGCCCAAAGCUAAACAAGCUAAGAGCACAAGUGCUGGUGGAAGAAUAUGGUUGCUCUGGAGGGAUUCUAUUCGUAUGACUCCAGUUUAUAAAUCAGAUCAGUUGAUAACCUGCUCAGUGAGUUUGCAAGGGGAAGAGGAGUUCUAUUGUACGUUCGUUUAUGCUAAGAACCAGGCGGAGGAACGAAAGGAGUUGUGGGAUGAUCUUUGCCAUCAUCAUAACUCUCCUAGUUUCAGUAAUAGAGCUUGGAUAAUAAUGGGAGACUUUAAUGAGAUUUUAGAGAGUGAAGAAAGUUCUGGUUUUUCGAGAUUAGAAAGAUUGCCGGUGGGGAUGAGAGAUUUUCAGAAGACAGUUCUUCAUUGUCGUCUUUCUGAUAUGGGAUAUCAAGGGCCUCUGUUUACAUGGUGCAACAAGAGAGAUGAAGGCAUCAUUAGUAAGAAGUUGGAUAGGGUUUUGAUGAAUGAUAUUGCAAUCAAUCGGUUCACGAAUGCUUUUUCUGUGUUUGAGGCAAGAGAUGUUCAGAUCAUAUGA